UGAAAUUCUUCAAGCAGUUCCACUGCAUUUUGUCAUUUUUAACACUAAAUAUUCGUGUUGGGUUGAAUAUUUUUAUUUGAAAACUAUCGCUUUGAAAUCGAGAAAGCACAGAACUAAAUGUCAUUUUGAAGCGAAAGUACAAAAAAUUAUAAGAAAACAGCUUCAACUAAAACUAAAUUAAGUUUAUAAUCGGCUCACCAACGUUUAGUGAACCACUUUUAGUUAAUCGAGGAAACCCUUAAGCGGAGGCCUUUAAAAAAAGGACUGAAUUUUUUAUACCUAUUCCGUCACAUCUAACAAGUGGAUAAAUGAAUAAGAAAAAAACACUCAUUCUUGGAGAGGAGGCUUCAGGAUCUAAAGUCAAAAUCACAGAAGGUUCUGUGCAAACUGACGUCCUAACUCUUCCGAAAAAACGAUGCAGCACCGACGAUCUCCAACCAAUCAAAUACCAGUGUAUGGACUCCUCUUUUGCACACUUUUUAACUUACAAGGCGUCCGAGGAUGGUAAUUCCAUCAACACAAUGUCAGAGGAAAACACGGACUACCAACCAAAAAGUCCUAAGCGACUGGCUAUAUUCAAGUCACCGAUUUUGACGCAACAGGAUGUGUGUGAUAACCUUUCUCUCACUUCUUCAAAUCGAUCACCCUUUAAAUCACCGACACAAUUGAGGAAAAGUCUACUUGCUUUGGAGAGAGAGCAGUCGGAGCGAGAGCGAUUCCUCGACCUUCUCGACGAUCAAUGGCGUGAAAAAAAGCAGCAGGGUUCUGUAUCUAAAAAGAUUUAGCCCCGACUGAACCGGCACCGAACGCCUCAAGGGGAAUUUCACUAGAGCAGGUGAAGGAAAUGGCUCGGUCAAUAAAGAAGUAUUGCAGAAUGAUUCGCAAUCUGUGGAGCGGCACCGAGUCCAAGCCUCCAGAAUCUCCUCCACAGAACAUACAAAUCCAGGACACUCAGGAAUCCCCUCCGGAGAGCAUAGAAAUCCAGGACAUUCAAGAAUCCCCUCCGGAGGGCACACAAAUCCCGGACACCAGCGAGGUAAAGGAAGAAGCCGAAAAUGUGGACCACGAAAUGGAGCAAGCAGAGCCCACAACUUCGCCUCUUAACCCACAAACAUCCUUGAAUCAAUGCAGCAUUUUAUUUGAAGAUGACAAUAUAAAAAACUCAACAAGGAUGUCGGAAACAAAAAACCAGGAAAGAAAACCAGUCUUGAAACAUCCACUUAAAAAGUUUAAAAAAGCCAAAAUUCAACGUCUUAAAUUCGAAAAGUUUUGGAUGGACCGAUAUAAUAAUGGGGCGGUAAAAGAUAAUAAGGUGGCAAAAGAACAAAAAGUGGAACAUUUGCCACUGACUAGAGAGCACUUCGAGCGAUUCAUUCAAUUAGCUGAGGGUCCUAAUCGGGAAACACUUGUGACUAAGUUCAGUUUGGCUGUGAGCCGUAAGGAAAUCAAAAUUCUCCUCAAUGGCAUGUGGCUCAAUGACAUGAUAAUCAACUUUUACAUGAAUCUGCUAACCGAACGCUCGGAGAAUAAGGCUGGCCAGCUGCCCAGCGUUUAUGCCAUGAACACUUUCUUUCUGCCACUCCUCCUCAAGAAGGGACAUGAGGGCGUCAAGCGUUGGACCCGCAAGACCGAUCUCUUUAGCAAGGACAUUAUUCCGGUGCCGGUGCACUGCGGCGAUGUGCACUGGUGCAUGGCCAUCAUCCACAUGCGGGAUAAGAGUAUUCUGUACUACGAUUCGAUAGGUAAGGGCAAUCAACCAGUACUGGACGCACUGAAGAUUUAUAUCCAGGAGGAGUCCAUGCAUAAGCGUAAUCUGCCCUUUAAUAUCAGUGGCUUUCGCAUCGAGAAAGCCAAACACAUGCCGCGUCAGACGAACAGCAACGACUGCGGCGUUUUCAGCUGCAUGGUCGCCGAGUUCAUAACCCGGGACGCUCCACUCAACUUUACACAGAGUGACAUGGACUAUUUUCGCAGAAAGAUGGCUCUGGAAAUUUUGGACGCCAAGCUGUGGCUCUAAACCGAAAGAAUAUAAGGAAAAAUAUCUGCUUUUGUUACACAAAAUUCACAUUUUUCAUAAAACCUAGGCAGGUUUAGAUAAUUAAAAUGGCUAAUUUAAAAGAUAACAACAAAACUUUGUACUUGCUCCUUUAAAAGCCUCUUUAAAAACCUCUUUAAUAAACGUUGAACCUUCACUUUAAA